AUGGCAUCCUUAGGUGCAGCACGGUUUCUCCCCCUUGGAGAAUCUUUAUGCUUAAGAAAGCUCUCACGAUUCUCUAGAGUAGCUACAUUCCACAGAAGUGUUCGCUUUUUGAGCCGGGCUGAUCGUGAAAACGGGCCUCUCACACUUGCAAGCGUUGGGUUCAAAAGUGAGCUUCAAGCAACAGACAAGGAUGAGAGGAAUAAGCUUGAGCCGCUUGUUUCCACAGUUGAAGUCGCCAAACCUAAAAUGAAGGCAGUUAGGAACAAUGCAGUCAAGGCUGUCAGAGGGAAGGAGACUCUUGAAGCAGAGUUUGCUCCCUUUUCUGCGAAGUCUUUUUCUGAACUUGGUCUUCCUCUUUGGUUGAUUGAGAGGCUUGAUGCUGAACAUGAUAUUCUUUUAUCAAAUUUAACUUGCAGGUCGAGGGGAGAUCAUUUUGCUUUCUUUUGGAGGAUUGUCUCUGGCUAUAUUGUGACCAGGCUUGGCUAUGAUGAAUUAUGA